GGAAAUGAGUUCCCGCAGCUUCCUGUUCGUUAAUCCACUUGUUGAGGAGCUGAUCCGCAGCAGGAGGCGAAUUUAAAACUUCACCCAGAACAAUGUCCGCCCGCCUGUGAGCAGCGAAGCCGCCAGUCGAGCACCAUGGUCGGGUGGAGAGAAGCCGGAGUCCUCGGUGCCUCCGCGGCGGUGGCGGGGGGCGUCGCGUAUCUGAUCUGGAACUACGCGUCCUUCUCCGGGAAGAAGACGCCUGGAGCCCGGGCCGGAGGAGCAGGAGGAGGUGGUGGAGGAGGACAGGAGGGAGAAGACAGGAAGGAGGUGGAUGGAGAGAGGAGGAGGAGGAAGGAGGAGGAAGAGGAGAAGAUGAAGAUAGUCUCUGCUGCAGCUGCUCCUCCGCCUGUUGCUGCGGACAAACACCCAGAACCACCCGAGUCCAGGCCGAGGGGGACCCAGGUUCUGGUUCUGGGUCUGGAUGGAGCCGGUAAAACCAGUCUGCUGCACUGUCUGUCCACCGGCAGCCUGGAGCAGGACAUGCAGCCGACUCAGGGCUUCAACGCCGUGUCCAUCAACAGAGAGGACCUGCACAUCGAGUUCUUAGAGAUCGGCGGUAAAGAGGAGCUGCGGCCGUACUGGCAGAAAUACAUGUCCAAGGCUCUGCUGCUGGUGUUCGUGGUCGACUCCUCCCACCCACAGCACUUCCCAGUUGCUAGGGAACAUUUACACGCGCUGCUGACCUCUGACCCCAGCCUGCCUCUAAUGGUGCUGGCCAACAAACAGGAUCUCCCGGGCGCCUGCAGCAUCACCGACCUCCACGACGCUCUGUCGCUGUCGGAGGUCGGCGACCGCAGGCUGUUCCUCAUCGGCACCUACGUGAGGAAGGGCGAGGCGGAGCUGAGCUCGGGCGUUCAGGACGCCCGGGACCUGAUCGUCCAGAUGGUUUGCGAGAGCAGAUAAGACACGUCGGUUACAGUUCGUCUGUGGUCGUUCACUUAAUCUUGUGUUUUCUUUGCACUUCUUCACUUUAUUGUUUUCACGACACCAGCUUGGCUGAAAGUCUUUUUUUUAUUUAUUUGUGAGAAAAUUAAAACGUCUUGUUUUGGGUACGUUUAGAAUAGGGAUUAAAGAACACGCUUUUUAUUUCACAGUCACCGAAUCACCAGAUCUGAAGACUGUAAUCGUUUAAAACUCGUCUCUUAGGUUCAGUCUGUUCAUGAUGGUAACGAGCAUCAUGCGCUGCCUUCACUGAUUUCAGUUCACUCUAGAGUUUGCAGAUUUAUCACCAGCGACGAGCGAACAGUUAGUUCACAUCACAGUUUUUAUUUCUUUGGAGUGAAUGCAAACAAACACAUUAAAAGCACAGUUGUAAGAAACGGUUUAUUUUUCUAAUCUCAUAAUCUACAGAAUAUUCAAUACCUCAACAUCGACCCCUUCAGACCUGGUGUUAACGUCUGUCCUGAGUGGACUCAUCACAGGUGGUCAGCGCCAGGUCCAGGUCUCCUGUCACUCGUGGUCACAGGAGACACGUUCAGGACAGGUCUUCACACCAGGUCUGAUGAGUCGUCCUGAGGAGGAGACACAUUCAGGACAGGUCUUCACACCAGGUCUGAACGGGACCUUAAAGACCUAAAAGAAGCUAAACUAGGAAGAGAAUAAACAUAUCACGCUCCGACACCAGCUGAACAUUACAUUAAUCUAUUAUUUGGUCAAAAUUGAAUCUGUGCCGACACCAAAGUUUCAAAGCAAAGCACAAAUCUGAAGAAAACUGCAGCGUGACAUGAUGUCUGGGUCUUUAAAUUUUUCUAACACUGACCCUCCACUGGAGCUGCAGACACAAUAAAUAUUAAUAUUUCAAAGCAUAGUUUCAACAGGAAACCAGCGUUUGUUUAAUGUCUAAAUGAAACAGCUGUUAAUAGGAGCAGGAAGUCGUUUUAUUGUGAUUUUAUCAACGACGUUACCAAACCGACGUGAUCUCGUUUCUCACUGGAGCGUCCGUGUUGGUUUACAGCUUUAAAAUCACUGUGACUUUUACGAUACGACGUCAUUUCCCUGUUUGAACUUUGUCUUAAUCUUAAAAAAAAAGGGAAUUGACUUUUUUGAAAAGAGAAAUUAAACCACAGGUGUUUUGCUUUAUUUUCUUUUUUUGGGGGGGGGGUAAGCUUUAUGUGUUGUCGCUGUUCAGAGAGAAGUUACCACUCAGCUUUUUACUCAUUAUCUUUGUCUUAUUACUUAUUUCAUAGGGUGAAAUCAAAGUUUAAUUCACUUUGGGAUAAAGCCUUCAUGUGUAUCACUGUUCGAAGAAUGUAAACGUUUUUAACAGCAUAUCCAAAGUUUUUCGAAAACCAAACCAUGUCCAGUUGAAAGUUAAAAAGUUUAAAGUAUUGUGUGUGGAACGGUUCCUCCCAGUUUGAUGUAGUUUUUACCAGAAGAAUUUUGGAAAGUUACACAUUUUUCUGUUCUGCAGGUUCUAAGCUUGUGCUCGUUCAGUUUGAAAUCAAAUAACAGACGCUACAUGAAAGUCUCAGCUUUAAUUUGACUUCACUGUUUAAUACUUCCUGCACAGUUCUGUUCUUAAAUACUUAAACGUAUAUACUAAAAUAAAUAUUCUAAUAAUAAAAGUUCUUGUUACAGUUUAAACAGAUUCUUUUGUCACUAAAUGAAUAAUUGAAUAAUUAAUUUGCUUCGUCUUUACACUUCUGAUUGUUGCUCUGUGUUUUACGUACAUUUGAAACCCUACACGUUUGCCACCAUGUGUUAAACAGUCUUUAUCUCCUACACAGUUAUUUCUUAUUACCUUUUUAAAAUUAAAACAGAGACUUGCUGCUUCAAUAUCAUCUCCAAUAUAUAUCUUUAUAUAUUUCAAACUGAACGUGGAGAAGCUCAGAACCUUGAAGAUCAAAAAUUGUGUAACGCUCCAGACACUUUGUCGUGGUCCGGACUGUUUGUACUGUUUUUCACAUUUAAAUAAAAAUAUUUCAAGUAA